GCCGGGAGUUGUAGGCGGAAGAGGGGCUGUGAGAGCAGCGGGAGGGACGGUUUGGGGGGUUCCCCCGACAUGGAGACCCCCCCGCAGGUACCGCCCGACCGCACCGGGCCGGGUGCCAUGGAUGCCCUGCACGAGGCCGGGAUCUGGGCAGCCCUGGCCCUGCAGGCUGGGCCGCCCUGGCUGGAGCAGUUCUGGGUCUACCUGACAUCCCACUUCGAUCCCAAAUCCAUCUACACCUUCUGCUUCCCGCUGGCCCACGGGCUGGAUGCCCGGGUGGGGCUUAUGGUGCUCUGGAUCGGGCUCGUGGCCGAGUGGCUCAACGUGGUCCUCAAAUGGUUCCUGUUUGGGGAACGCCCGUACUGGUGGAUCCAUGAGUCCGGGUUGUUCUCCCAGGAGGAGCUGGAGAAGUUACCACUGCGCCAGUUCCCAGUCACCUGUGAAACGGGACCAGGGAGCCCCUCAGGCCACUGCAUGAUCCCCGGGGCGGCCCUGUGGCCACUUGUCACCGCACUGACAGCUGAGGUGGCCCGGAGCACCCGCAGCCGGGUGCUGAGGCUGAUCCCUUUCCUUGCCUACAUCCUCUUCCUGGUGGCCAUGGGGCUCUCCCGGAUCUUUGUCCUGGCCCACUUCCCCCACCAGGUGGUCACCGGCAUCCUGGCAGGGUCGGCGCUGGGCUGGGGGCUGCAGCGCUGCCCCCCCAACUUCCGCGUGUUCCGGUUCUUCGUGGCGGUGGCUGUGGUACUGAUGCUGAGUGCGCUGGCCCUGCACAGCCUGGCCACGGCUGCUGGCAUCGACCUCGACUGGCCUGUUCGACCGGCGUGGCUGCGGCCAGACACACGGCCUUUUCGCCUCCUGGUCCGGGUGUGGCAGUGCUCGGGGGCUGGCCCUGCCAGGCCGAGACCUCCCGGUCGCCGGAGAGGAACACAGCUCUGGAUGCCGCUGCGGUGGCGACACGGUGCUGCCCUGCGCCCUGCAGCUGGGCACAAGGCUGCCAGGCCCCGACGCGCGCCGUACAGGCACGUGGUCGUGCACUACGCGGCCGGGCCGUUCCUGGUGGUCUCCGUCCUGCCCCGGUUCGUCAUCGCCCUCAGGAACUUCCUGGAGCCCUCCCAAGUCCCCCCCCACACCAAUUAGGAGGCCUCCGCUCUUGUUCUGGCUUGUUCUCGACCUCAUAGAGUAGGGGGAUCCCUGACCUGCCCCGGCUCAUCUGAGAGCCCCCCACACUGAGUAGGGGGGUGCCCACUCCCUGCCCUGGCUCA